AUAGAGGUGAAAGAUAUGAAGUAUAAAACUAAAACAGAGAUGCUUACAGAACUUAAAAGAAUUGGGAUUUUUCUGCUGGUUUCGUCAACAAUAGUUUGUGGUCAAAUCUGUUCCGGAACGAGAUGUGGUCAAUGUUUGAUUGUCAAUGGGUGUGCCUGGUGUAAGGAUCCAGAUUAUGCCUUCAGUCGGUGUGCAUCAGAGAGCCAGCUGUCACGUGAUGGUUGUAAUCAAAUCGUCAGAAGAAAGGAGCACAGUGUACAGAUUCUGCAGAACAAUGCCUUCUCGGAUGGUGGACCUACUGAAGAACCCGUACAAAUCAAACCUCAAAGAAUUAAAAUAGCACUUGUUCCAAAUAAGAGUUUAAGAGAUGUAAUGGUUUUCUACAAGAUUGCCAAAAACUUUCCUCUUGAUCUGUAUUUUCUUAACGAUCCGUCCUAUACCAUGAGAGAACUAGUUGCAAGUCUUCGUCGACUGGCCACUAACAUUGCUGAUGACAUCGCAACAAUUACGACUGAUUUUAGAUUUGGACUUGGCACAGCUAUGGAUAAAGUUAUAGACCCUUUCACUCUUCAAGAUCCCAAAAGUCGAUUGAAUCCUUGUGGAUCCGUCUAUUGUGAUAAACCAUACUCUUUUAUACACCGGCUAUCACUGACCAAUAAUGUAAACGAGUUCCAGAAUGCUUUAAGUCGUGUAAAUACAACUGCAAAUCAAGACAUUGUUGAAGGUUUAUUCGAUGGACUGAUGCAAGUCAUGGUAUGUGGGGAGAGAAUAGGCUGGAGAAGUAAAGCUAGACGAAUGGUACUCUAUGCUACAGACAUAAAUUACCAUCACGCUGGAGACGGAAGGGUUGCUGGCAUCUUGGAACCAAACGAUUGCCUUUGUCACUUAGAUGGGACUGGUAAAUAUACGAAGGCAGAAAUACAGGAUUACCCUUCAGUGGGACAAAUUGUUCAGAAAGCUCGUGAGAACAAUAUCAAUAUCAUAUUUGUAAUCGGUGGUGCAGACAAUCCAAUUAUUAGAAACUUGUAUUAUGAUGAACUUACCGCCAUUUUACCAGGCGGGGUCAACAACGCAUCAGCUUUAUCUACAGAUGCUUCAAACAUUCUGAACAUUGUUAGAGAAAACUAUAGGCGCCUUAGAGAAACGGUAAAGUUGAUAGCAAGUGAUGUUCCCGAAGAAUUGACUGUAGAUAUAUACACAAACUGCAAAACAGGAGGACGCAACCUUGAUAGAACGAACAUUUGCACAGGACUGAAUAUCGACACAUGGACAAAUUUUACGCUGUUCAUAACGUCCAACUUCACGGUUUGCCCUGAGAAGAGGAGCGUGAAUUUUACUCUUUUUCCUGAGGGUCUGGAGGAGCGAGUUCAGAUAGAGGUGGAACACGUGUGUGAUUGUGAUUGCCAGCUUGAACCGGAUGCGGAACAAAACAGUACUAGGUGUAAUCGAAGAGGUACAUACGAGUGUGGUAUAUGUCACUGCGAACCCGGGUGGUCAGGCAAGAGUUGUGAUUGUGAUGAGAGGGGAACGAUUAUGGACGCCUGUGGAACGGAAUCAGGAAUUUGCAGCAAUGCGGGUAACUGUACCUGUCGAAAGUGUGAUUGUUUUGAGGGAUACAGUGGGGAAAGAUGUGAAUGUAAUGACCGGAAUUGUCCCUCAUACAAUGGCUUACUAUGCGGAGGAAAUGAACGGGGACAUUGUUCAUGUGGUAAAUGUGUUUGUGACGUAAAAUAUACUGGAAACUCAUGUGAAUGUCCGAUAUCUACGGAAGCUUGCAGAGACAAUAAUGGGACUCUUUGCUCCAAUAACGGAGUUUGUGAAUGUGGAAAGUGUCGUUGUGACGUCAAGUACAGUGGAGCAAUUUGUGACCGAUGUCAGCACUGUCCAGGAACGUGUGAAAACAACAAAAAUUGUGUAGAGUGUGUUGGAUUCAAUCAGGGUCUCUUUAAUGAAACUAUAUGUAUCCAAAGAUGCAAAAAUGUCGAAUCUGUUGCUGAUUUACAGGAAACGGGUACACCUGACAAUGAGACAACGUUCACACCGUGUGUUAUACAAGACAAAUAUGGUUGUAUUAUCAACUUCAACGUUUAUAAUUCCCCAGAUAGACAAUUUAUACAAGUAAAGUCUUCAAAACGUUGUCCUUUGGGGCCACCCAAUCCUGUCACAAUAGGAGCCAGUGUUUCCGGUGCCAUCUUUCUCGUUGGGUUGAUUUUGAUCCUGAUUUGGAAGCUUCUGACAAUGUUAUAUGAUAAACUGGAGUAUGCCAAAUUUGAAUCUGAAAUACAAAACCCAAUUUGGGAGAAGUCUGACAAUCCUAUCUACAAAGAGUGUGUUACAACGGUCCAGAAUCCGGUACAUGAAGCAAACAUAACCCAUGGAGAUGGACCUAAUCUUAAAGAGGAAUAGUUGAUUGGAUGAUUGACUUUUCUUUUAAAAAAAGAAAAGCAACAACUUUGCAAAAACAACCUAUUGGUUAAUUUUAUUCCGAUUAUUAGGCGACAAUAUGAAAAACAUUGGUAAAUUUGCUCUUUGAGUAAAUUUACUAAGUUGAGUAAAGGUCAUUUUGCUAAAUAGAGGGUGUUUCAGAAAACAUGCAACCAUUUACUUUCCUAAGUUUAUUUAUAUGCAAACAUGAACAUAUGAAAGUUUUAUAUAAAAUUAUGCUAAAAAGGCUAAAGUUUUUAUUAAUAACAAAAAUUUAGAAAAAAAUUACCAUUUGAAUUAAUUAUGACGUCAUAUUUGACAUCACUGAAAAAACAGAUAAUUUUAUUCUUAAUGUGGAAUUUAAUAAAAAAAAAUUAGCAAUCAUCAGAGGAGUUCUGAUACUGCUUUAUCAGAGCAUGUCACCAGUUCCUCUGAUUAGGACAAUGAAAAUAAGGUUUACAGAAUGCAAAAAAACUUAUUUAUAGUAAUAUAAGGUGGAAGUUGUAUAAAUCUGUAAAAUUUUUCAGCUAAUGGAAGAGUUAAUGCAUGUUCAAAGAAAUUUGAAGAAAUAAAAAUGAAGAAAAAGACAAUUAGAACACAUGAAAACAUUAAGAAUGUUACAAAAGAGGCACUGUUCCAGAGACUCACAUGAAAUCCUUUUGUAAAAUAACUGAGUUUGGGAAAAAAUUAAGCAAGUCAAGUGUAGAUCAGAUGCUGAAAUAUGUUUUGAAUCUUAAACCUUGGACUUGUUAGAACAAAUGUUUGGAGGACCAUUCAACUCUUUCAAAUCCAUUUUAAUUGGGUCUCCACACUCACCUGACUUAACACCCCUUGACUUUUAUCUGUGGGGAUAUUUAAAGGUCAAAGUUUUUAAAAUACACCCCCAAAAACAAAUGAACUCAAAAUGGUUCGAAAAAUGAGACCUGAAUCAUUACCAAGAGACUCUCUGCAAUAGUAAUGAGAACUUUCUUGCAUCGGAUAGAUUUAUUCAUUCAGCAUAAAUGAAAACAUUUAGAACAUAUUUUGUAACUAAGUGAAAUUUUACAAGUUUCUUUUUUCUUUUGUAAUUCAUUAUCUAUUUGCCAUAUUAACUUUAUUUUCAUAAGAAUAAAUUUUGAAAUUGUGACUUUUAAUUUGAUAUGUUGGUGCAUGGUAUUGGUUGAAACACCAGUAAAAUUUAAUCAAUCAGAAUGGUUGCAUGUUUUCUGAAACACCCUGUACAUCUGACGAUUCAUAUCUUUUUGUAGGAAUUUCCAAUAUGUUGUUUUUGUUAAGGAUUCAACUAAUUGAUUUGCAGUGGACCAGUGUCAUAAUAAAGAAUUUUAACAAUU